AUGCAGCUGCUGCAGCUGCAGCACUCCAACGAGCUGCAGCAGCAGCGGGCUUCGCAUGAAGCAGCAAUAUGUGAAAUUAGGGGGGGUUACGAGAAGCUGCUGCUGGAGCAGCAGCGGGGCGCAGCAGCAGCAGCAGCAGCAGCAACAGCAGCAGCAGAGCAAACCCUGCAAGCAGCAGCGGACUCUUUUGCUGCUAAACUUAAAUCAACAGAAACCCUCUUUCAAGAGAGACUCAAAGAAGCUGCUGAAAGUGCAGCACAAGAGAGAGAAACCCUCAUUCAAAGGCACAAAGAACGUGUGGAACGGUUGAUGGCUAGGCUUGCUGCUGCCGAGCAGCAGCACCUGGAGCAGCAGCAGCAGCAGCAGCAGCAAAUAUUUGCGCUGCAGCGAGAGGCGGAGGAGCUGCAGCGGCAGCAGCAGCAGCAUCAGCAAGAAGCAGCAGAGCUGCAGCAAGCCAGGGACGCAGAAGUUGCUGCUAGAGAUGCACUGGCGCAGCAGCUCUUUCUGCUGCAGCACAAAGCAGCAAAAGGAGCAGCAGACAAGGCCUGCCAAGCAGCAGCAAACACAGAAGCAGCAGCAGCACAAGUAGAUCCCCUCGUGCUGCAGUACCUUAGAGACACCGACGCACACCAGCAGCAGCAGCAGCAGCAGCAGCUCGUGGGCUCUUCAGAUACCGAAGAAAGGUCAGCAGCAGCAACAACAACAACAGCAGCAGCAGCAGCACGAAGCCCUGUGCCUAAGCUGCUUGCGGGCCCCGCGUCCUCACACCGAACUGUUACUGCUGCUGCAACUCAAACCCAGCAGCAGCAGCAGCAGCAGCAGGAAGAAGUGCUUGCAGCAGAUAUGGAGCAGCAGCAAGCUGUUCUCUCUGCAAGAAUUCAGCAAAUAGCGCAGCGGGCAAAAGCUAGGCCCUACGCCUUCCACAAAGCAGCAGCAAAUGAAGCAGCACCAAAAGCUGCUGCUGCAGCUGCUGCUCCUGCUCCUGCUGCUGCUGCUGCAGUGCCACCUGCAGCUGCAGCAGGGUCAGAAACUCCCCUGCUUUCGAGACAGCACAGCGGCGCUGCUGAAGGCCGCAGCCGCAGCAGCAGCAGCAGCAACAACAGCAGCAUCAGCAGCAGCAGCAGCAGCAGCAGCAGCAGGCAGCAGCAGCAGCCUGUGGCUUCGCUGCCUUUGUUUCGGAUGGAAGAGACAAGGCACCAGCGCUAUCUUCCAGGGUCUCCUUUAUCUUCUCUUAGCAGCAAGGGGGCCCCCCCAGGAGCAGCAGCAGCAGCAGCAACAGCAGCAGCAGCAACAGCAGCAGCAGCAGAUGGUUCUCCCCAGUCCCGGGCCUCACUCUCCUCCCACUUUUCCGCUUCCAACGAACCUCUUAUGUCCCAGAGAGCCAGUGACGUAAGAAGAGCAGCAGCAGCAGCAGCAACAGCAACAGCAACAGCAGCGACUGCAGCAGCAGCAGCACACUUAGUAGCAGUGGCCCCUCUUUUCAUGUCUUCAGCACUUUUGCUGCUUACAGAUCACUGCGCAGGCCCCCUCAAACCCUAA